AUGUGUCAAAGCCUUUGUGAUUCAGAACAUAUUAAUUAUAUUGUUAAUAGUCCUGCUUGUUUUAGUGGUAUUAAAAAGCCUGAAAUUGUUGCAAAACAACUUUUUUCAAAAAAAUUUCCAGAAGAUAAAGAAGUUUUAACGAUAUAUCAUAUGUAUUGUAAGAGAAAAACAGAUAAUAGAAAUACUAUAUGUAAUAAGUGUAAAGAAUUGAAAUGUAAUAAAUGUUUAAAUAAAGUACUCAAAGUUGAGUGUGCAACAAGUAGUAUCGUCAAAUUUACUCCCUGCCAUUAA